AUGCCUCGCAGAAUCAAUAGAGCGCUCGUUCAGUUCGCCGUCUUCUGUGGCUUACUAUCGUUUAUUCUCUUCGUCAAUCGCCCCCAGAGGUCGACAGACAAGUUAUUUUCAUGGAAUACUGUUCGCUAUAAGACUACCUCUCGCACACUGCCUGAGUCACGCGGCAUUUGUCCUCAUCUUUCCGGCAGCAAGAAACCGGCGCUGGUGGUGGCUCGCGUCUCAGGUGAUGGCGACCCAAAAUGGGUUGAUGCGCUGUCGGACAAGUAUCAUGCCUGUGUCUACACGGCUGAUGCGCCAAUCGACGGGACAUCAAAAUUUCUACAGGUGCCAGCAAACCGUGGGCAUGAAGCGAUGACCUACUUGACCUUUAUAAUCGACAAUUACGACCAGAUCCCGGAGAGGGGCGCCGUCUUUGUCCACGGGUCGCGCUGGGCAUGGCACAAUGACGAGCCUGUAUAUGAUAAUGCAGCCCUGUUAGCAGACCUGGAUGUAUCCGCGGCCCUUGGUCCGUGGGGGUAUCAUAACUUACGUUGUGAUUGGAGUGUCAGCACGUGUCCGGCUACGGCCAAACCACAGGGGAGUCUAGAAUUGUCGUUGAAAGCCAAGGUCAGCCCAUGGGAUGCACGCGCGGUAUCUGAUAGUCUUCUGCCAGGGGCAUUGGAAAGUGUAUUUGGCGGCGAUAAGCGCACUUUGAAAAGAGAUGACAAUCCUGAGAGACAUUUUGCUCCCGGCCGACAUGAUAUUCUGCGCUCCCAGUGUUGCGCACAAUUCGUUGUUGCAAAAGCAAACAUUCUACAACACUCGCGCGACGAGUACAUCGCAUUGAGACAGUGGCUCCUCGAUAGUGGCGACAACAGGGAGGCGGCGCCUCGUGAUGACCGUGUCGCCGGCCGGAUUCUGUCUUACAUGUGGCAUGUUCUUUUUAUCGCCCAUGAUGACCAGACAAAUGGUAUCUCUCUCGAGGGACUCAACAGCGCAGCAUGUCCACGAGCGGAGGAUUGCUAUUGUCGUCUAUACGGACGCUGCAAUCUAGAGCACUGCAGCGCAGGCAGCUGUCGGGGCCAGCACUCGUGCAUCAUGCCCCUCUCUACCGCAGAAGCAGAUCUCAUCAAACGAGCGACCUCGGCCGUCAAUAGCAUUCCGCCCUCUGAUGUCCACAGCGUAGCUAGUGCCGCUAUUGACAGCAAUGACCAGGUUUUCACGGGCGUCAAUGUUCACCACUUCACGGGUGGACCAUGUGCCGAACUGGUCGUGCUCGGCAUGGCCGCAGCAGCCGGAGCAUCCAAACUGACACACAUUGUCGCGAUAGCGAACAACCAAGGCGGGAUUCCGAGCCCCUGUGGACGCUGUCGUCAGGUGCUAUUCGACCUGCAGCCGCAAAUCAAAGCCAUUGUGGCCGAAGAUGGGGGAGGGCCGAGGGCUAUGGCGAUCACGGAUCUGCUUCCUUAUACGUAUACCUAUAAACAAGCAUAG